ACUAAACAAAUGUUGAACCUUUCAUGUAUUCCAAGUAGGCUGCUUCCUCCAACUCUUUAUAUUUGUUGUCAACUAUCCCCCCUCCCCCAUUAUUCGUGUUCAUUAUAGUUUUUUAACCAAUCAUUUUCACGACAAUAUUCCGUAUUCAAGAAAAACGAAUAUAUAACAAAUUGGAGAAAAUUGUAAAUAUUCACCUUGUUUUCCCCCGAAUUUUUGACAUCAUUUUUGGAUUUGUACCUUCCGGAAUUUCAUCAUCAAAAACAAUGGCCAGGUCAGUAAUUUAUCUUUUUACUUAAGACGACAAUAUUAGCCUUCCUGUUUUACAAUAAUUAAAAUUAGUUUAAUUCGAAUAUUUUAGCAACUGCAUUUGCAACCAAAAAAUUCUACUCGUUGAAUUGCUGGAGAGAGCACUAACGCUCGUGGACUAAUGUCCAUGCUCACACAGUAGAAGAUGGGCAAACGCCUCCACCCCUGUAAUGUAGGUUUCAGUUAUUUUUUAAAAAUCGUUCUUUCUCAUUAACUUUGUAAAUUUUCAAGUUCAAUCAUGACUAGAUUUGGGGUUAUUUUAAAGGAAAUCAUCCUUUUUGUUUUAUUCAGAGCUACACCCGUGAAUGGCGGCAAGGGAUUAAAAGAAACCCCAAUGGCGCCAAAAAGAAAUUGUCUACCGAGACGACUUUUGACGGGGGGGGGGGGUAGAUUUUUUUUUGAUCACUCACACGUCGGUGUAGACUCCGACGUCAACAACACAACGCUGAAGAGAUCCUCUUCUGAGGUUCUAGCUAUUCCCUUCGACCUGUCAGGUUUGGACGAUGCAGUCUUUAUAUCGGACGACGAACAAGACGAAAGUCACGUCCCUGCGUAA